GAUACUAGCAGGAAAUCUCGUCGGAAACGUUUCUUAGGCGUGGGGCUUCCCUGAUGCUACGUUCAAUGACGCGAGAAAACACAAUGUUGACACGAUUUCUAUAAUGAUGCAAUCUUGACAAAGUAAGCCCGCCGAUUUGGCAUGGUAUUAUCCGUGUAUUACGUGUAACAACACUGCUCCGCAUCGCUCCAUGUGGGCUGUACUAAUGCAGCAGGCAACAGCAACACGCGAGCAUGCUAGUAAGUACCACAACAGUUAAGGUGUGCGCUCCAACCAUGGAUCUAUGGCUCCAACUCCCAAUCUGAUGCAACAUUGACUCACGAAGGUAGUCAUUUGGUGCAUCUGCAUGUGGUAUGGCUGUAUAGUAGGCGUAUUAUUACUAAAUACACUAGUCAAUAGACUAUACAUGCAAUAUUGCCGAAGACUACAAAGGCAUCAUUACGCGAGAUCAGGCCAGCCACGUCGCGCGUACGAGCCUCUGUGCCAGCGGGCGGUAGGACACGGGUCUGAUGAUGGACACUUGAGCAUCAUCCAACAAGAUUGACACCCAGCGUGCAAAGAAACUCUCUGACCACACAGCUGCUACUUCCUGCUCAUUAGAGUCUGAAACUCCCACGACAAAGCGGCCGAUAUCAAACUGGUGCUUAGAUUACCUCCACCAUCUGCCUCCAGCACUCUCUUCGUCCAGUCCUAGCCGUGUCAAUCACCCUCCCACGCGCAUCUCUUUAAAAAAAACAAAACACUGCUUCAAAACCCACUCACAGCAAACAUGGUGAGCAAGCUGUCUGCGUUCGGUAAGACUCUCCUCCGUCGCCGGGUAUUGGACUUUUCCGGAGAAGAGACCCGGUUCGCCCGAUGCCUGUCCACGUUAGACCUCAUUGCACUCGGGGUGGGGUCGACGUUAGGGGCUGGGGUGUAUGUCCUGGCUGGAGAAGUGGCCCGGGAGAAGGCGGGACCAGCUAUAGUCCUGUGUUUCCUCAUCGCAGCAUUAUCCUCCAUGUUGGCCGGACUGUGCUAUGCAGAGUUUGGAGCGCGGGUCCCCAAAACGGGCUCAGCCUAUCUGUACAGCUACGUCACAGUGGGAGAGAUAUGGGCCUUCAUCACAGGGUGGAACCUCAUCCUCUCAUAUGUCAUAGGUACAGCCAGUGUGGCACGGGCGUGGAGCUCCACCUUUGAUAACCUGGUGGAACAGAAGAUCUCAGGGUUCUUCAAAGCUUCGAUGGCCAUGAAGGUCCCAGGACAGGUGCUGGCUGAGUACCCCGACCUGUUCGCCCUCAUCCUGGUCGUGCUACUGACAGGCCUUCUUGCGUUUGGUGUGAGCGAGUCCGCGUUGGUGAACAAGAUCUUCACGGGCAUAAACCUGGUGGUCCUGGGCUUCGUCAUCAUCUCUGGUUUCGUGAAGGGUGACCCAGCUAAUUGGAGUCUAAGUGUGGACGACUACAUUGCCUUCAGAAACACCACCAACAGCAGCGGCUCUAUCAAAGUUGAGGAGGAGUUUGGCGUGGGCGGUUUUGCUCCGUUCGGUAUGACUGGAGUUCUCUCUGGAGCUGCCACCUGCUUCUACGCCUUUGUGGGCUUUGACUGCAUUGCAACCACAAGUGAAGAGGCCAAGAACCCAAUGCGUUCCAUCCCUAUUGGCAUCGUAGCUGCUCUGCUCAUCUGUUUCAUUGCGUAUUUUGGUGUUUCGGCUGCUCUGACCCUCAUGAUGCCGUACUUCCAGCUCAACACACAGAGCCCUCUCCCUGAAGCCUUCUCCUAUGUGGGAUGGUCGCCUGCCCGGUACAUCGUGGCUGUGGGGUCCCUCUGUGCCCUAUCCACUAGUCUGCUGGGCUCCAUGUUCCCCAUGCCUCGUGUGAUCUACGCCAUGGCUGAGGAUGGUCUGCUCUUUCGGUCCCUGUCUCGAAUGAACCCGAGGACCAAGACUCCUCUGCUGGCCACCAUUGUCUCUGGUAUCAUUGCAGCUUUGAUGGCCUUCCUGUUUGACUUGGCUGCCCUGGUCGACCUCAUGUCCAUUGGGACGCUUUUGGCUUAUUCUUUGGUUGCCAUCUGUGUCCUUAUCCUCAGGUACCAGCCAGGUACGCUGAACUCACCCAGUCAGAUGGAGAAGCUUGUGGAGAUGGUGGGAGGGGAGAAGGUGGCGGUGACCGGAGGCGACAGCAGCGAUGAGUACGGCACAGACGAGGCUGACGAGAGGCCGCUCAAAGAGGCAUUCACCCUCAAACUGCUGUUUGUCCCAAGCUCCAAAAACCCAACACAUAUCUCUGGAAACAUUGUUUACUGCACCACUGCUAUUGUUUCCGUUUUCAUCACAGUGCUAUGCGUGUUGCUGGCUAAUUUCCCGAGCGAGUUGUUGAGUGUUCAGCCCAGGGUGUUGGUGCCUGUCAUUCUUUUGGCUGUGAUGUGUGUUCUCUGCUUCAUCAUCAUCUGUCGACAGCCACAGAGCAAAGAAGCACUCACUUUCAAGGUCCCUCUCCUCCCCUGGCUCCCUUUGUUCAGCGUCUUUGUAAACAUCUAUCUCAUGAUGCAGCUUGACAUGGGAACGUGGCUGCGGUUCACUGUUUGGAUGGCCAUUGGUUUUGCAAUCUACUUCUUCUACGGCAUCAAGAACAGCAGCGAAGCGUCGAGUCGGUCCUCACCGCGCAAAUACGAACCAGCCCAAACCAAGGCCCCCAUCUACACCGGGGCCCCAGACGACAGCGAUGUAGAAGGGGGCAACACAGCGUGACACCAUGGACUCAAAUCGUAACUAAGGUGUCAUUUUAGCAAAGUCUAAAAUGCCCUGUGCACAGUUUAUACCUCUCUGACGUGAGGCUCAAAAAGGCCAUGGGUGUUGCUGUCAAUGUGGACUCAGAUUAUAUGGUGACUUAGCGUUAGCCACCUACCGCUAAUAAACAAACAACGGACUUCACUUACAAGACAUUACCACUCUAUGCUUACAACUGGAACCUUGUUACAUAUUAUCAGCAAUCUACAUGUAUGUGCUGCUUGGAUAUCGGGCUAGAACAGUGGUUCUCAAACUUUUCACAUCAAGUAAAAAUUGUUGGAAUUACAAAAGUGGUUUGAAAUGGGCUAACCAAAGCCCAGAAGAGAACCUGGACUACAAGCUGGCAUUGUAUAAAUGGACUUCUUCAGACCUAACCCGGGUCCAAACCAGUGUUAAACUAGAGCUGAACUAAGUCAGAACCAACUAUAUCAGGACCAAAGAUAAAAUAAAUGUAAACUAAGCCACACAGGACUAAACCAGGUUUAAACAGGAACUAAAUGUUGUACAGUUUGAGAACCACUGAACCAGGGAGAUUUUCCGCCUAUUAGGACACUUGAAUUUAACUGCGUGUAUAUGUGCUUUAGGCCUGUGCGCUUACUGUUACAGCCUGUUGAAAUAUGUGUAAAAAACAGGGUAGUGCUAAAAACGCGUUGUUUACAGUCAGUUUGUCCGGGUCAGUGGCACUUCUUGACGUCAUUUUGGCUCUGUAACCCUUAACUCCCACCAAACAGCCGUCCACUACAUGCAUUAGCUGCUUUUUAAUAACAUAACUAUUGUAAUAACUGGCAUUUGGGCGCAUACUGAAAAAUGUGGCCUUUAUUUAUGUAAACUUGACAUGAAUCACUGCGUCGCAAAGAGCAUUUAAAGGUAUAACAUGCUAGAUUGUAAAUCUUUUUUUUUUUUUUUUACAUUGAAAUCCCUUAAAUAUGUUUAUCUAUCUAUUUAUUAUCUGUUCCCCUAGCAGUGGGUACUAAAUGAUUUAAUUGCUUGUUCAAUAUUACUUUACUACUGCCUUAAUUUGUUGAUAAACAAAAAAAAAAACGAAAUAAGAAGUAAGACUCUCAAAAAACCCAAAUACGAUUUAACCUUCCUAAUUCAUAGACUUUGACCCUACAUUUGAAACCUCAGCUUUAACGUACAAUGUUAGGUCAAUGGCCUCUACAUCAUUUCAACAUUUUACUCUUUUGUUUACAAAUGAAUGUCGUUUGUGGGUGUGUGGCUUUCAGCCAAUCACAGCUCACUGAAAAAAAAAAACACUGCUAAACUGGUAUGAAGUGAGCCUGAGAUCAUUCAAAGCAGAUAGGGCAGAAGGCCAAGUAUUUUUCAAAUAAAUCCUGCAUUUUAUAUUGUUAAAUGCUCUAUAGAUAUCCGUUAGCCAUGUCAAAACUUGAAAACUUUUAAGAAGCAACUCUAUCAAGUUUAAAGAUAUUUAUAAUUGUCUGUGAAGAUCUACUGCAGUGUAAUUUAUUCUGCUUAUUCAUUUGUUAUGGCCGAUCCCCAAAUAUCCACAGAUCUGACGAAACUUGAGAUUUGCACUUAUACACACAAAAUCCCAAUCUGAAUCAAACUUUUAUACAUUUUUUCUGUCAGAACUGAAGUGGGGUCUGCAUCUACAGUUUAACUAAUAUAGUUUUGUCUUCUACUGUAUUUUCUUCUUGUGAGAGGAUGUAUCUUAUCACAAAUGUCUAGUUUCAAUGGAAACGUGUCUCUGGCAGCUUUGUCUGUUGAGCUCCCAUAUUUUCUAUUAGUACAUGUACAUUUACUCUUUCUCUGUUAGAAUUGUUAAUAUUUAAAUGUUCAUAAUAUUUUUGGGACUAGCUUUUCUUUGCUUAUCAAUCAUUAGACAUGUAUUUUAUGUUGCAUAUUAGUGUAAUAUGUAUUUGAACUUUAACUUCAAUGAACUUUAAUGAAAUAAUUGUAUUUUUGUGAUUUUUCUCUGACCAAAUGAACAUGUUUUGUAAUUUUUUUUCCCAAAACAUAAAUGACUGCGAAACCCAGUCUCUAAAUUAUGUAUUUUUAUUUUAUUUUAUUUUUGUAACAUUUUGUCCCUAUGCUGGAAAAAAAUGAAAUAUUGUUCAUAGCUUUUGUGGCUUUAUUGAAGUAAUUUUAGCCUGUACAGUAUUAGUGUUUAACUGUAUUUUUUGUAUUGUAAAUUAUAACUUGAUUUGGCUUUUGUACAUUCAUUUCUCUGAAAUUGACAUAUUGCUGCUGUAAGUAAAACUACUUAUUUUGAGGAAGAAUUAGAAUACAGCCACUGUUACAGACAUUUUUUUUGGAAACUGUGCCUAAAUAACUAUGUCUUACUUUAGGCCUUGGGCGGGGUCAGACUAUGGAGAAAUAGCUAGUUUUGAGAUGUCUACAAAAUUAGCUUGAUUUGUAUGUAAAAGGUAACUUGAAUCCUGCUCUUGUGCCUCGUUCAUAGUCAGUGCUAUAUCACCCCCUCUAUGCUUUGGCAUAAUAAUCAAUUUAACUACUUCUGUCUGUUUUAUAUCUUGUAAAUAUGGCUGUCAUGUACAAAUGAACUGUAUUUUCAAUUUUUUUUUAAUAAAUAAAAUGGCAAUUCAUCCUUACAA